GUGUUGCGGUUGGAGGCCCGGGGGCUGCCCUCCGCGGCGUUUUGUACCAGGCCGGUGGGUUCCGGGACGCCGCCAAAGAUAUCUGCAAAGAAAGGUGAGAGCAUAUCUAGUACUAACCUUGAGGAAGCUUCGGAACCUUCUCCUGAAGACUCGAGGAUGUUCAUGUCAAGGAAAACUGUGGUGGCAUUUCCUCGGCGAGUAGUUGUUUCCUCCCUUGAGGAGGAAAACCUCACUACACCUGCAACAGAAGGAGGCUUGAGGAAGGAGUCAGUUGAGGAAGAAACUUCGUCUUCAUCCAGCUCAGAUUCAGAUUCUGAGGAAGAAGAUUAUGAUGAUGAUUCAGAAGUUUCCAGUAAAACCAAAGCUGAGUUUCCUAGACGAGAUUCCGUCUUUUCUGAGAACAUAGCGGUAAAGGCAUCAAUGCUAGCAAAAGAGAACUUGUCCCAGAAAUCCCACAAAGAAUAUGUAGCUAAGAAGAAGCCACGCAAAACAGAAACUGAUCUGUCUCCUAUCAAGCAGGUCAGAUUUUCUAAAACUUCAGUCAGCCAUGAAACAUCGCAAUCCAAGGCAAGAGACCCCAAAGUAAAAUCAACUCCAAAAGAAGCCGAUCGGCAGAAGCUGGGCUUAGAACCACACAUGGUUGAAAGCCAAGACCUGACCAAUGUUACUCGUGAAUCUGCUUAUUUGGAGGAAAAGUCCAUUGGAACCCAAGUAGCAGCUAUCCAGCUGAAAGCUUCCUCGGUGACUGAGGAAGACAAAAGGCAAAAACUGGUAUCCAGAGAAGAAAAAAAGAUGAAGGAGGCACAGGAGUCAGAAGCAGGAGUAGUAACUGCUCCUAAACUAGAGGAAGAGACUUCAGAAAGCACAAUGUUGGCAAUGGGCACUACAGCAAAGGAGGAGACCGUUCAGGAAGGAGGAGUCCAGGCUGGAGAAAGAGGCACAAUAGAGGGGACCACAGCAGCUGGUGAGCCUGCUCCGGAAGAAUUGGAUAAUUCUACCUACCAGAACCUUCAGCAUCAUGAAUAUAACAUUUAUACCUUUGUUGAUUCUGUUGUGGUUCUCUCAAAAUUCAGGCAGCCUCAGCCAUCUUCUGGAAGACCAUCACCAAGGCACUGA